AACAAUCACUAAAAUCGAGAGCUGAUAAAACGUAAUCAGCGAAUAUUUUUAUUGAUUGUGAUUUCGUAUGCACAAUAUAAACGUAAACAAGUGCUUAUCGUGUUUGGCGUGCGUAUAAACCUAUGAAUACGGGUACUAGCACGCAGAAAACUAAAGCUUAACUUUAUCAUUCUCAUAUUUAAACAAAUAAACGAUGAACUAUGAUGCACUGCUCUCUCAGUUGACCGAUGACAAGCUGGUAAUCUACGAUAGCAGUGGCCAAGUUGGUAGUGGUGCCACUGCCACCGCCGCCUCUCUUGUCGAGAGCAAUAUCCAGGAUGGCGCCAUCGAGGAGGAGCAAGCAGCGCCCAUACAAACAAUACACCAUGCAGCACUGGUUGCGGGAACGACUGCUGCGUCAGCAACGACACCUGCAACAAGUGCAAACGUCAACCCGAAAUUCGAAAAUGCUGCGACAGCGACACCACAGCGCAAAAUUUCGACGUCAUCACGUUUCAUGAAUGCGUUUACUCAGCUUUAUAGCGGCAAUAGCAGCAAUAGCAACAUCAACAGCAACAAUAACGGUAAUAGCAACCUCCACAGCGCUGGUCACGUGGAACUGCAUAACGAUGAUCCGGAUUUGGCGGCCAAUCGUACACCGACCAAGGGCAUGGAGUCCAAACUGGUGGCCAUGUGGCACAAUGUCAAGUAUGGCUGGACGGGCAAAAUGCGACAGACAAGCUUCUCCAAGGAGCAGCCUGUUUGGUUACUUGGACGUUGCUAUCAUAGACGUUACACGCCGCCUGUCAGCAUGGAGAACUCCACCACAGAGCUUACCAGUGGUCCUGAUACCACGCCGGAUAAUGCCACAUCGGCGUUUGAUAGCAUGCAAGCAACAACAACAACUGCGUCGUCCUCCAUUUAUCCCUCCAUCAAUCCGCUGCAAAUCGAUGAGAUUGUUGUGCCCCAAGAGCUGGGCAUGGAUGCGGCCGAGAAUCAAAUGACCGAAAGUCCGUGGGAGGAGGGCAUUGAGGGUUUUCGUCGUGAUUUCUACAGCCGCAUCUGGAUGACCUAUCGCCGCGAAUUUCCCAUUAUGAAUGGCUCCAACUACACCUCGGAUUGUGGAUGGGGCUGUAUGCUGCGAAGCGGCCAAAUGCUGUUGGCUCAGGGUCUCAUCUGUCAUUUUUUGGGUCGCAGCUGGCGCUACGAUGCAGAAUCACAGCUGCAUUCCACAUACGAGGAUAAUAUGCAUAAGAAGAUCAUUAAGUGGUUCAAUGACAGCUCCUCAAAGAGCAGUCCCUUUUCCAUACAUGCCCUGGUGCGUCUCGGCGAGCAGCUGGGCAAGAAGCCAGGCGAUUGGUAUGGUCCCGCCUCGGUCUCCUAUUUACUAAAACACGCCUUAGAGCAUGCCGCUCGAGAAAAUGCCGACUUUGACAAUAUAAGUGUAUACGUGGCUAAGGAUUGCACCAUUUACAUGCAAGACAUUGAGGAACAGUGCAGCAUACCUGAGCCGGCUCCCAAGCCACACGUGCCUUGGCAGCAAGCUAAACGCUCGACCAGCGAUGCACCCAAGGCUGACCAGCAUUGGAAAUCUUUGAUUGUCUUAAUACCGCUACGGCUGGGCACUGACAAACUGAAUCCCGUUUAUGCGCACUGCCUGAAGCUCUUGCUCAGCACAGAGUACUGCCUGGGCAUUAUUGGUGGUAAGCCCAAACAUUCGCUGUACUUUGUGGGCUUCCAGGAGGACAAAUUGAUACAUCUGGAUCCGCAUUACUGCCAGGAAAUGGUGGACGUUAAUCAAGAGUCCUUCCCCAUGCAUUCGUUUCACUGUAAAUCGCCAAGAAAAUUGAAAUCCAGCAAGAUGGAUCCGAGCUGUUGUAUUGGUUUCUAUUGUGCUACCAAAACGGAUUUCGAUAGCUUUGUGGAGAGUGUGCAAUUGUAUUUGCAUCCCAUGCGUUGCGCCUCUGGCGUUACCCAGGACAAAUCAACGGCACCAACAUCCCAAUUCCAAUCUCAAUCCCAGCAUCCGCCGCAAGCCGAGCUGCCCGAAAUGAAUUAUCCGCUGUUCACGUUCUCGCGUGGUCGCUGCCUGGAUCAUGCGCGCGAUGAGAUGAGCGAUUCGCUCUACAAGCCGCUCAUAAGGCAAGUGGCCGCUUUAACCCAAGAACUGGAAGGUACUGCCCCACAACAGCUGCAUAGCUACGAACAUGAUCCGGAUGAUAGUGAAAGCGAGGAGUUUGUGCUGCUUUAAGCCAGUCCUUUGAUACACAUAUAUUAUAUGCAUAUAGAAAUAA